AGGCGGGGCUAAGAUAACCAUCGCCGGAGUUCCAACGGCGGUUGCUGCGAGGACCGGGAAAAUGGCGGUCCUGGCGCCUCUCAUUGCUCUGGUGUAUUCGGUGCCCCGCCUGUCGCGAUGGCUGGCCCAGCCGUACUUCCUUCUGUCGGCGCUGCUGUCGGCUUCCUUUCUCCUCGUCAGGAAGGUGCCCCCGCUUUGCAGCAAUCUCCCUACGCAGCGCGAAGACGGCAACCCGUGUGACUUUGACUGGAGAGAAGUGGAGAUCCUGAUGUUUCUCAGUGCCAUCGUGAUGAUGAAGAACCGCAGAGCCAUCACUGUGGAACAACAUGUGGGCAACAUCUUCAUGUUUAGUAAGGUGGCCAAUGCAAUUCUUUUCUUCCGCCUGGAUAUUCGCAUGGGCCUGCUGUAUAUCACCCUCUGCAUCGUGUUCCUGAUGACCUGCAAACCCCCUCUCUACAUGGGUCCCGAGUACAUCAAGUACUUCAACGAUAAAACCAUUGAUGAAGAGCUGGAGCGGGACAAGAGGGUCACCUGGAUUGUGGAGUUCUUUGCCAAUUGGUCUAAUGACUGCCAAUCAUUCGCUCCUAUCUACUCCGACCUCUCCCUUAAGUACAACUGCACUGGGCUCAAUUUUGGGAAGGUGGAUGUUGGCCGGUACACUGACGUGAGCAAGCGGUACAAAGUGAGCACUUCGCCUCUCACCAAGCAGCUGCCCACCUUGAUCCUAUUUCAAGGUGGCAAAGAAGUCAUGCGGCGGCCACAGAUUGACAAGAAAGGACGAGCGGUCUCUUGGACUUUCUCUGAGGAGAAUGUGAUCCGAGAAUUCAACUUGAAUGAAUUGUAUCAGCGAGCCAAGAAGCUAUCCAAGACCGGAGAUAAUAUUCCUGAGGAGCAGCCAGAGACCCCCCGCGCGGUGACAGAUGGGGAGAGCAAGAAGGACAAAUAAGAUCCCCGCCUUGGCGGUGUUCUGUCAAUCCUAGGCACCUUGGAGGUCCUCGCGCAUUUCAGUAACCACAAACACUGCCUGAGGCCUUGGGUGUUUUAUUUAUAUUUUCCCUGCUUCUGAUUUUAAGGAGGCGUCAGCAUCCUCCUGGAAAGUUCUGCUGCCGUGGCCAACUAUUUGGAGGCAGGGAGUGAUCUCACUUGAUGGAGAAGGGAGUGCUCCAAGCUUGGGCCACUGUGUCCCCACUCACAUCCCUCUCUACUCCGUUGCUCUCCUUCUCCCUUGGUGGAUGCAACGUGGUGCCAGCCGACGUAGAUUAGACGCAGCCCGCCAUAAGAUGCUAGGAGCGAGUCCGCACUAAGAACUUCCCCUUCCCAGUUUGAUGGCUUCCUUAGGCCCUUACGGCAUGAUCUGUGGCCUUCCUCAAAAAAAGCAUAUGCCUUUCGUGGUCACUGGUCCCGGGGAGCAGCCAGUUUUCUAAGUGAAGAUCGUAUUGAGAAGACCCCCAGUUUUACGGCGACUGAGGGGCC